UACAUCUGCACUGAAUCAGCAAGCUAUAGCCUGAAACCAUGGGCCUCGAUGGGCCUGCGCAUUCGAUUGCAACACUAGGUGCAGCGAGCACAGCUCCAGCCCCAAGCCCAGCGCCCUGCACACAGGCCCCAGAGGCUCCAGCCGCUGUCCAUCCAGCUGCCCAUCCGGUUCCGCCCAGGCCCAUGGCAGCUCCGACUGCCCUGGCUGGCCAAACCAUGGCCCCCGGUGCAGAGCUGCGCCAUUUGAGCCAGCCGAGCCGGAGUAUGGGUGUAGAUGUCCCUCCCGGCGUGCUUGCAGAGCUGCGAGCGCAGCCAAAGGCACAGGCCAUCCCUUCAUUUCUCCUUUACGUGCAGGCCGCGCCACUGAUGCCGACAGCCCCGGCAUCAAUGCCACCAGCAUUGGUUCCGGGCUUUGAAGCAUUUGCUUCCACAGAGUUGCCAGCUGCUGCGACAGCCCUGGCUGGCGAGACCAAUUGGGAGGCAAGAAUCCAGGCCCUCGCAUCGGGCAAGUUGAGCGCCCUGGAGGCAGUGGCAGGCAUCGAAGCGCCGCCUGCGGGGCCUUGUGCCGUGCCGUCUCCGACGCUGCCCCAGCUGGAGUCGUUGGGCAGCAUGGGUGGCUCUUUGCCGAGUCAACCAGCAGAGCCUGGAAUGGCUGGACUGACACAAUCGACAUCUGCAGAUGGAACUGGCGAGAACCAGACUGCAGCGCAGAUGUACAUGCUGGCGCAGUUGGCAGAGGAGUCUGCACAAACUGCAGCUUCAGCUGCUGCUUGCCUUCAUGGGGCCGAGUCAGACCCCAACCAGGUGGCAGCCUUGACUGAAGCAGCUCAGCAGGCAGCAGCGAGAGCUUUAUGGGCUGCCACCUCCUUGUCUACCUGCUUUCCAGAGCCCCUACCCGGGCAGCAGCCGCCAGAGGACGACUGGACAGCCAGCUUGCGAACCGUGACGGCCCAGGCAUCGGAGGCUGCGGAGCAGGCUGCCCUCAACUGUCGCUUGCAGGCUGCUGACAUGGUCAACAGGAUGUCGAGCGGUGGUGUUGGCACUGGCGGGCCUGCGGCCAAAUCCAAGGUGCCUUGCAAGUGGUUUUUGCUGGGCCAGUGCAGAAAGUCUGUGUGCGAGUUCUCGCACGACAUUCAAGAUUUGCAGCCGCGGCCGCUGCACAAGAAGCGAGCAGAAGAGUGUCACUACUUCCAGAAGGGGCAGUGCACACGCGGCACCGCCUGCCCGUUUGCUCACGGCCCCGAAGAGUUAGCGGAGAUUACUCGAAUUGUGAGCGACUUGAAGACCGAGAAGCGCUACAUUCGACGAUGAGGCUACCGAGAUGCUUUGAGGAAGCCUGGGUUCUUGCCGCAAGUCGCGAUGCGAGUGGAGCUACUUGCGCGCGAUGACGGAGUGAACGUGGCAAGCGCAGAACC